CCAGUGGAGUGAUUCAUGAUAAUUCGACAUGGAAAAAUUGCAACGAAAUUACUUGGACUUAAAAAUAAACUUGAUCUGCGUAGUAUAAAAACCAUUCAGUAAGAAUUACACAACAAAUUGUGUUUUAUCAAUUUUGGCGUUUUAUCGGUUUAAAGCACAAAUCAAACAGUGCUGAUUUAGUUCAUCGGUCGACUACUUGUUCCAGAGGCCAUUGUCCAAGAGUUGCACGUGUGUACACCGUAUGAUCGGUAUUUGCAUUAGUUCAAGAAAGUGAAACACUAGAUCACGUUCACAGCCUAAUCUAUUGCAUUUAAAUGUAUGCAAUUUUAACUGAAUAUGGUGUGCCAACAUAGAAACUGUUUGAAACCCUAUACAUACGGAUGCACGGACGACAUAUUGGGAUUCCUUUGCACGGAAUGUCGUGCAGAAUGGUUAAAAGAGGAAUAUACUCACCGAACCGGCACAACCGGAUUUACUUUCCAGAAUACAGAUUACUGGAAACAAGCCAACAACUACAAGAGAGAAGAUGGAGUAUUUCAAUUAUCAUCCAACCGCACACAAUUAGAAAAAAAGGCAUGCAAACUACUCAAACCUGGUGACCAUAUUGCAUGGAACCGAAAAUACGGCUAUUAUCACCACGCAAUAGUCGUGUUUGUUGAUUAUCUAAACAAAAAUUGUUUUUGGGUUAUUAGUUAUACUAGUGGCACAGAACACACUAGUGAGAAUACGGAGGGCAAAGGGAGAAUCAUUAUGAAAUGGAUAAAUAUGGAAGAGGAAAAUGGUGACCUGUUUCGUGUAGAUUACCUUCCAGAGGUAACAGAGGUUAAUACAGUUGAAUUGGUUCUUGCCAGGUCGUAUGCUAGACUGGGCGAAACAAAAUACUCCCUUUUGUUUAACAACUGUGAAACAUUUGCUACAUUUGGUAAAACGGGUGUCAGUGAAUGUUGUCAUUGGAGGCACGCUUUAGAAAAUGUUACAAACAUGUUGUUUAUGGAAAUAACACGUUUGAGUGCGAACAGAAUGGCAUAUUUACUGAUACGAGAAAUUACAAACCGUGCAGUAAAGGAAGCGAACAAAGGUAAACUCAUCGUUGAAGUUUCUGAAUUUUUAAAAAUGGCAAACAUAUCUCCUAGUCGGAUUGGACAAGGGAUAACGAUUAUUGCGAUAACAGGACUUAUGAUCUGGAAGAUAUAUAAAAUAUAUUCUAAAAGACGAGAUGGUCACAUGUCGUUGAAUGCUUUUAUAGAAACGGCCAUGCAAACAAUUAUACAGGGUUUAGGGCCUGCCAUAGGUUUUGGUUUUGAUGGUGAAAUCAUUGAAAAAUUAAUAAGCAGUGCCGUGCCAGGAAUGGAAACGUACUUAAAGACAACGUUAGGGAGUGUCAUUGGUGCUCUUUCUAGAAUGUUUAUUGGCUAUUUUACCGGGAAUCUACUCGUACCAAAAAUAAGCCAACGUAUAACAAAAAAACUUGUCAGAGAUGACAAACGAAUCAAACGUUUCAAUGAAAUAGCGCCAGGUGACCAUAUCAUUCAUUAUGGUUGGAUUCUUCACCAGAGCUGUCAUGCUAUUGUUGUAGGAAUCGACAUUGAUAAUAAAUCAGAAAAUCUGAAAAUACGAGUAAUCAAGAAUACGUAUAAAAAAGGCGUUAUUAAAGAUUGUUUAAUGGUCAAAUAUGCUCUGCGAAAGAAUCAAAAUACAACAGAUACUUGUAAUGAUCACGAACACAUUGAGAUUAUAGAUCCUAUCUACAAGGUGGUCUAUAGUGACGACGAAGCAAACACAUCUGAUAAAGUUGUUAUCAGAGCUAAAGAAAAACUCGGUCAGAGUUGCUAUUCUAUGUUUCGAUUCAACUGCAAAGACUUUGCAUUGUGGUGUAAGUGUAAACAAUAAUUUAACUCUUCCGGUAAGUUUGUUUACGGACAUUAACCUUUUCAUCACCAUAAUUAUGCUUCCCCGUUACGUCCGACCAGGUCUAAUUGACCUUCGAUCCUACAAUACGGCUUCAUCAUUUUCAAAGCUUGCAGAUAUUCGACGCCAUUUCAUACGAAUUCCCGUACACUUUCUCCCAAACUCAAUGAUGUAUCACAAAUGACAAGAUAAUUCUCAGAGUGCCGUGUGCAUAAUUUCGAUUUAAAAACCUCAGUGUAGGCAAUAUUCAACCAAUAAGUAAACAUCAUAUUGCAGCACUACACUGAGGAAUGCUCUGGUCGACAAUAUUGGUAUACGUUUUAAAGGGGCAGAUAAUAUAAUAAAUACAUGUAGAUAAUCACAUAUGUAAUAAAGCGAAUCAUUUACAUCAUCAAAAUCAACACCGUCAAAGUUGUCAUCAAACUCAUAUUAUUUUCAUAUUAUAUCGUCGCCAUCCUCAUCAUCAUCGUCAUAAUUUACAGAAAUAUUAUCAGCAGCAUUUUUUCAUGACCAUAUUAUCAAUAUUGCAACCAUCAGCCAAUACCCAUCCGCAUUGAUCACACGGAAUACUCACAUCUGGUUACUGAAGUAUUGGUGUAAACCAUGCGAUUAAUACUGUCAUAAUGAUGAUGAAUUUAUCGUGUAUUAUAUAUUGAUUACAAUGAUAACAUGACACUAACAUGAUGAUUGUUAAGAUGAUUACGACGAUAAAAUCUACGAAGAUGUAGAUAAUGGCGGUGGUGGUGGCAUGAUAUUGUUGAUUAUAAAAAUGAACAUGAUGACGUGUG